AUGGCUGAAAACUAUGGAGAUGGCAUUAUCAGGACGGCUAGUGGCCGUCAGACUUAUGCCCCUGAUGUACUCUUGACCUCGGAUCAGCAUAUACCUCUUCACACAGAACAGCAGACACAGCAUCAAAACAGGGCCGCUAGCAUUUCUGGAACCACCACUGCACACUCAACCAGAUCGAGCAUCUCAGGUCCCAGCGAAACAAAGGAAGACGACGACCAGAACCGCAAGCCCAAGACCAAGACUGGCCUUCCAGCAGGUCUCACGGCAGGAUCUAAUGAAGAAAAUUUCAGUUCUGAAGCCGAUGUUGAGAUGCAAAGAGAACGCACCAACCGCAGUCUCAAUGAGAAGAAUGAUGAGAAGGACGACGGAGAAGAAGAGGAAAAAGAUCCCAAUCUGAUUGACUGGGAUAGUCCCGAUGAUCCAGGCAACCCGAUGAACUUUCCUGCUUGGAAGAAAUGGAUGAUUACAGUCGUCGCUGGUCUAAUGACAUUCUCCGUGACUUUCGCUUCAUCUGUUUUCAGUACUGCCACCACUGUGACAUCGCAGAUCUUCGGCGUCAGCAGUGAGGUUAUGAUUUUGGGAACCUCUCUAUUCGUCCUUGGUUUUGCAUUCGGAGNGACCUAUCGUCUGGAGUCCUUUCUCGGAGCUUUUUGGCCGCAAGAUUCCUUUAUUCAUAGGUUUCUUCAUUUUCGCCAUCUUCCAGAUCCCCGUGGCGGUAAGNUCGCACAAAAUGUUUACACAAUCUUCAUUUGUAGAUUCUUCGGAGGUUUUGCUGCAUCGGCUCCUUUGGGAAUCAUCGGAGGGUUGCUUGCAGAGNUGAGAGACAUGAUGCUCCUCUUUUGGACUAUCUUGCUGACUGAAACCUGUAGUAUGUUCGGACCAGUCGAUCGAGGUAUCGCAGUUGCCGUCUUUGCGUCAGCGACUUUCAUCGGCCCUGUGGCAGGUCCGAUUGUGGGAGGUUUCAUUACCAUGAGCUACCUGGGUUGGAGAUGGACUGCUUGGAUCACACUGAUCAUGGCCAUGUUCUUCGGAAUCAUUGGAUUCGUCGUCAUCCCUGAGACUCUUGCCCCUGUCUUGCUUUCGCGCAGAGCAAAGAAGAUUCGUUUUGCUACGAAGAACUGGGCCAUCCACGCAAAGUCUGAUGAGAACGAGGUCGACCUGAAGGACAUCGCACAUCGUUACUUGCUGAAGCCUUUCCAAAUGCUUGCCAUGGAACCAAUCUUGAUACUGGUCACACUGUACAUGGGCUUUAUCUAUGGGUUCCUCUACCUCUGCUUCGAAGCCUACCCAAUCGCCUUCCAACAAGAACGCGGUUGGAAUGCUGGCGUCGGCGCCCUGCCCUUCGCUGCCAUCAUCGUUGGAGUGGCCUUUGGAUCUGGUUUCAUCGCCUACUUCACCAAGACCAGAUUCGCCAGGAAGAUGGAAGAGACCGGCGAUGUCGUGCCGGAGGAAAGAAUGAUUCCCAUGAUUGUCGGUGGCGCUUUGCUGCCGAUUGGCAUGUUCUGGUUUGCAUGGACAUCCAACCCAAACAUUAUCUGGGUGCCUCAGGUCAUCUCGGGAGCCUUCAUCGGUGCUGGUGUCUUGCUUGUCUUCUUGCAGGGCUUGAACUAUAUCAUUGAUGUAANNGUCUACAAAGUCAACGCAAACUCUGCCAUUGCCGCAAACACAUUCUUCCGAUCAUGGCUAGGAGCUGGUUUCCCAAUGUUUGCAAACUACUUAUUCGGACGUCUUGGUGUUCCCUGGGUAAGCACAAGGUUGUCGAUGAUUUCCACUCCAACAGAGCUGACAUGUUUUUCAGNNGCCAUGUCCCUUCUCGGCUUCCUCACGGUAGCCCUGUUCCCAGUCCCGAUCCUCUUCUUCAUCUACGGCAAGAAGAUUCGCUCGCUCAGCAAGUUUACGUCGUAA